CGCCGAUCCUCGCGCUCUUGCACUCCUCCACGAUGGCCGCUGUUGCCCAGCGCAGCGCCGUCGCCGGGCCGUCGCACACGCGCGCCCCGCCGCGGCCCAUGCCCGCGUUCCUCAGGCGCAUCCGGGCCGCGCACCACGCCGACGACGAGGACGACGGGCCGGCGUCAGCCGCCGGGCACGAGACGUCCGACGCCAGCACAUCCACCGCAGGCGGCAGCAACAACACCUCGCCGCCAGGCGGCGACAGUCUGGCGCAGUCGCAGCUGCUGCCGCCGCCGCCGCCGCCGCCGCCGCGCCCGGCAGACGAGGACCCGACGCUCGUGCCGCCGGACAACUUUGCCAUGGUCUCGAGCUUCGUGUACCGCAGCAGCUUUCCCAAGAAGAAGCACUUUGAGUUUCUCAAGACGCUCGGCCUCAAGAGCGUGCUCACUCUGAUUCUGGAAGAGUAUCCGGAGCAAAACAUGCGCUUCCUGAACGACGAGGGCAUCAAGUUCUUCCAGUUCGGGAUACCGGGCAACAAGGAGCCAUUCGUGCAGAUUCCCGAAGACAUGAUCACCGCUGCGCUCGUCACAAUCCUCGACAAGCGCAACCACCCGAUGCUGAUCCACUGCAACAAAGGCAAGCACCGGACAGGCUGUCUGAUUGGCUGUCUGCGCAAGCUGCAGCAGUGGUCGCUGACGACGAUCUUCGACGAGUACCGGCGCUUCAGCGCGCCAAAGAGCCGCUCCAUGGACCAGGAGUUCAUCGAGCUGUACGCCGAGCAGCGUGUCUGGGCCGACGUGCAGCGCGAGUGGCUGCCCAAGUGGGAGGUGCUGGCAAAACGCACCACAAGGCUAGACCAGGAGGAGUGCGAGGCCGAGCAGCCGACGCAUGGCCUGUAGGAAUACUAUCGUCACCGCCACGAGUAUGUGAGGCGUGUGCCGCGUCGUAAAGGCAGCGGGUGGAGCUGCGUGCCUUUGUCAACCCGCUGCUGUGGAUCUCGCGGCGUCUGGCAGCAAAGCGCCAGCGGCUGGACCCGCAGAGCGAGUGUCGCAACGUUGGCUCUGCAUACAGCUGCUGGCACAGGACGCG